UGAUUAGUUAUCUUUAUAAAAGAGGUGUGGACCAGGUAAUGUACUGAGUGUUGCAAUGAGCUCCGGUUGUCUUUAUAAACGAGGUGUGCAUCUUCGAGGGGAAGACAUCUGCUCAGUCACUCAUACAGUAAACUAUACAAAAGUUUCCUUCAAAGGCAAACGGACAUCUAUCUCAACAAUGAUGUUCAGCUUGAUGCUGGCUCUACUGGUCCCCGUGGCGGUACAGUCCUCCCUGCAUCCAGUGGACUGUAACGAGGUGUACCAAUCAGGUUCUGGACAGAAUGGGGUUUACACUAUUUAUCCUGCAGGAUCCACCUCACCUGUCCAGGUGUUCUGUGAGAUGUCGAUGGACAGUGCACAUCCAGGAAAGUGGACGGUGAUUCAAAACAGACAGGAUGGAUCAGUCAACUUCCACAGGAAGUGGGAUCAGUACAAGAGUGGGUUUGGGAGCGCAGCUGGAGAGUACUGGCUGGGACUGGAGACGAUGCAUCUUCUGACUAUGAAAAAGACCUAUGAGCUGAGGGUGGACAUGGAGGACUUUGAGGGGAAGAAGGUCUAUGCUCAGUACUCCACCUUCUCUGUUGGACCGGAGGCUGAAGGGUACCUGCUAAAGCUGGGUUCAUUCAAAGAUGGAGGAGCAGGUGGGUGACAACUUAUAUUGUCC